AUGGCUCCGAACCGCCACGCCUACGGGCCUGUCCAGAACGAGUUUCGCGACGAGGAGAAGGAGGUCGAAGACGACGGUCAGGAUGCACUGCUGCAGCCGUCCCGGCGCUCGCUGCCUAGGCGCUCCUUAAUGGUUACCGUGGCCGCCGUGUCCUUCUUUAUUUUGGCCAUCUUUGCCGUCUGGCAGAUUGGCAAGCCGUCGUUUGGCGUUGGUGCGCACUCGUCGACCGCAUCACCGGCUGCCGACGGUGCUGCAAAGGCACCCCAUGACGAGCUGCCACCACUGGCUCGGUCCACACCGACGGGCGACAAGUACCUGAUUGGCGUGGGCAAGGCCGACAUCACUGGUCCUGUGGUCGAGCUCAACUUUGCCGGUUAUGCGAGCCUGGCUCAGACGGGCACGGGGUUGCGCCAACGGCUUUACGCCCGCGCCUUCAUCAUUGGCGACGUCAGCAACCCGUCCGACCGCUUUGUGUACCUGGUCCUGGACGCGCAGUCGGGCGACGCCGCCAUGCGUCUCGGCAUCCUUGAGGGCGUCGCUGCUCUGGGCUCGGGCUACUCCAUGUACGGGACGUCCAACAUUGCCGUGACGGGCACACACCAGCACAGCGGCCCCGGCGCCUGGUUCAACUACCUGCUGCCGCAGGUGACCAGCCUCGGGUUCAGCACGCAGAGCUACCAGGCCAUUGUGACGGGCGCCGUGCUGGCCAUCCAGCGCGCACACGCAUCGCUGACCGAGGGCUACCUCGACAUUGGCACCACCAACAUUACCGACGGCAACCUGUCGCGCAGUCUCUACGCCUACCUGGCCAACCCGGCUGCCGAGCGCGCCCAGUACGCCGGCGCCACGGACGGCAGCACCGACACGACCAUGACGCUCGUGCGCCUGCAGCGCGCAUCCGACCUUAAAAACAUUGGCGUGCUGUCGUGGUUCCCGGUCCACGGCACGUCGAUGCUCGAGAACAACACGCAUGUUACGGGCGACAACAAGGGCGUGGCUGCGUAUCUUUUUGAAAAAGACAUGGCUUCGGAUCCUAACGCCGCACCUGGGUUUGUGGCAGGCUUCUCGCAGGCCAACGUUGGCGACACGACGCCCAAUGUGCUCGGCGCCUAUUGUGAUGACGGCUCGGGCCAGAUGUGCAGCUUCGAGAACAGCACCUGCGCUGACGGCAAGUCCGAGUCGUGCCACGGUCGCGGACCUGAAUUUCAGAAGCUCGAUCUUGGUGUGUCCAGCUGCUACGAGAUGGGCCGUCGUCAAUACGCCGGCGCUCUCAAUAUUUAUAAUUCUCUCACUACGUCCUCGACGCCGGUUGUUGGCUCAACUGUCAAGUCGUACCACUUCUACAACGACAUGUCCUUCUUCCAGUUCCAGCUGCCCAACGGAACCUCGGUGCAAACCUGUCCGGCUGCUCUCGGGUACUCGUUUGCUGCCGGCACGACCGAUGGUCCCGGCGCCUUUGAUUUCACCCAGGCCGAUUCCGGGAAACCCAAUGCGAACCCGUUGUGGGUGGUUGUGUCCGAUCUGCUGCGCACUCCGACACCGCAGCAAACGGCGUGCCAGCACCCCAAGCCGAUUCUGUUGGACGUGGGCGAGAUGAACGAGCCAUACGCCUGGUCGCCCAACAUUGUCGACGUGCAGGCCCUGCGCGUUGGCCAGCUGCUCAUCAUCAUCUCGCCGUCCGAGGCCACCACCAUGGCCGGCCGCCGCUGGCGCAACGCCGUGCGCGACGAGGCGGCCGCGACGUUCCUCAAGGGCGGCGCCGACCCCGUCGUCGUGCUCGGUGGUCCUGCCAACGUGUACGCCCACUACUGCGCGACGCCCGAAGAAUACAGCAUCCAGCGCUACGAGGGCGCCAGCACGCUGUACGGCCAGUGGGAGCUGCCCGCCUACAUCAACCUGACCGUGAGCAACCUGAAGUACUUGGCGCCCGAUGCCACGGGUGCGCCGGCCGCCGGCCCCUCGCCGCCCGAUAACCGCAAGACAUCGCUGAGCUUCAUCGCACCCGUCGUCUUUGAUGCCGCGCCGAUUGGCAAGUCGUUUGGCCAGGUCACUGCGCAGCCGGCCGAAUCGUACAGCAAGGGCCAGGUGAUCAAUGCAACGUUUGUCGGCGCCAACCCACGCAACAACCUGCGCCUGGAGGGCACGUUUGCGGCCGUCGACCAGCUCAACAGCGCGGGCACCUGGGAGCAGGUGCGCAACGACGAGGACUGGUCGCUGGUGUACACAUGGACACGCACGAACGAGUUGUUGGGCUACAGUGAUGUCGUGAUUAGCUGGGAGUCGGAGACGACGGCAGACGCGGGGACGUACCGGCUGCGGUACUAUGGCGACUCGAAGCCGCUGAUUGGGUCGAUUUCUGGCUUUGACGGUGCCAGCAAUACAUUCUCCUUGCUAUGA